CCGCGACCUGUGAUCAAUUACCCGACCUGGACCCGACCUGCCACGGGGCGGGUCUGGGUACCAAGAAACCCGCCCCGGACCUGCCCCAUUGCCAUUCCUACUUGAAGCUGAAGCUAAGGCCCUUUUGGUUGGCUAUCGUUUGGCUGCUGAGCUACACUCCACUUGUCUUGUUCGAUCGGACUGCCUGCCCCUUGUCAACGCACUGCAGGAUCACCGGAAAGAAUGGCCAUGGAGAGCUGCUGCGUGGAUUAGCACUAUCAAGCAAAUGAUGGUUUCCAAUCCCCUUGUCUGGAUCUCGCAUAUUGGUCGAAAGAACAAUGUUAAAGCAAAUUGGGUUGCUAGAUCUUGUGCUAGGAAAUCUCCACCCAAUGAAUGGGUUCAGAUUUUGGAUGUGGUCUCACCCCUGUUGUAACUCUUGGCUUCUACUUCAAGUAAUGGAAUUUCAGUGUCCUCUUGUAAAAAAAAAAAAAAAAUCGUGGAUUAACAAGUUCGCCCUUUUAACCACAUCAAACCCAUAAACGAAAGCCCGACCCAGCCAAGAAGGCCUAAAAAAGGUUUGGUAUUUUCCGGCAGCUUUGUAAACCUCUCUAAGGGAGAAAACACCAACACAUUUCACCAUCAAAGAAUCAAAAGAACAGAAGAAGAAGACAAUAUAAGAAGAGUGGAUCAUCAAUCAUAGAACCUUAAAAAAUUAACAACGGACGGAGCAAGAGACCAAAGAAAAACGGGGAAAAUGGGAACAAUAGACAAUAGUGGAAGAGUGGGCGCAGCCAAUUGGUGUCGCCAUCAACCUUCCAACUCAGUGGGUGCGCAACUGCGUUCACAUCACUCAGUCAGUGCCUUACCAAUAGCUACCGUCAACAGUCAACACCUCCCCUUUCCCUUCUCCGUCCAUUUACUCUCCAUAAACGGAUCUUCGAUCCCAACACCACCUUCUCGAGCUCUGUCUUUCACGCAUCCGUCCGUCCAUCCAUGGCUUCUCUCGUCAGGAACGCCGAAGCUUCCCUCUCGAAACUCCUGUCAAGGCCUUGGAACAGAGCUUCUUCUCGCCAUCAGCCGCCGGCCACCGUGUCUGCAACCUUGACGAGGAAGAAGCCCGUCGAGGAUGCGACCCUUGACCUCAACUCGAUUGCUUCGCUAAACUUGGACCACGCUCACUCCAGGAGAUUGGUUCGAUCCGCUUUCACUCAUCUACAGCAGCAGCUCGAUCAUCCUCUCUACAAGCUGGCUCCUCCAGGGAUUCGAACAGAAGAGUGGUAUGAGAUAAACUUUAAGGGGCAGGAAGUGUUUUGUAAGUGCUGGAUGCCAAAACCUGGAGUUCGAAUCAAAGGUUCUGUGUGUUUCUGCCAUGGUUAUGGUGAUACCUGCACCUUCUUCUUUGAAGGUAUUGCAAGCCAGAUCGCUUCUUCGGGGUAUGCUGUCUAUGCCGUGGAUCACCCAGGUUUUGGACUCUCUGAAGGAUUGCAUGGUUACAUUCAGAACUUUGAUGACUUAGUUGACAAUGCCUAUGAAAUGUUUGCUAAGAUCAAAGGAAGACCUGAGGUGAGAGGUUUGCCCAGCUUCAUAUUGGGACAGUCCAUGGGUGGUGCUGUUACUAUCAAACUCCAUCUGAAGGAUCCAAGUGAAUGGGAUGGUGUCAUCCUUGUUGCCCCUAUGUGUAGAAUCUCAGAUGAACUCAAGCCUCCUGCACCAGUUUUGAAGGUACUGACCUGCAUGGCUAGCCUCCUACCCAAGGCAAAGCUUAUGCCAAAGAAUGAUUUAGCAGAGCUUGCUUUCAGGGACCCGGUGAAACGGAAAAUGUGCGAUUACAAUGUAAUUAGUUACAGCCAUCGAAUGCGAUUGAAAACAGCUGUGGAGCUGCUCAAGGCUACUGAAGAGAUUGAGGCUCAAGUUGACCAGGUUUCGGCUCCAUUGCUGAUUCUACAUGGCGCUGCCGAUAAAGUCACGGAUCCAACUGUUAGCCAGUUUCUGUACGAGAAUGCAGCCAGCGAGGACAAGACGUUGAAGCUCUAUGAAGGUGGGUUUCACUCCAUUCUUGAAGGGGAACCCGAUGAUAGGAUCUUCGCCGUGUUUGUUGAUAUCAUGACGUGGCUCGAUUCCAGAUCUUCUUCAGCUUGACGAAAACAAAAGAUCCGGUGCAUUCGAGGCAUUAAGAAUGUAUUUUUUUUUUGUUGUUGUUGUGAACUUGUAAGCUGUCUCGGCAAUUGUAAUAGAGUGUUAUUUGGAUUUUCAUCAAUGUAAUCAUAAAAUGUGCUAAACAAUACUAAUCCUAAUAUUUUUAGCAGUAAUGUGACGAUGUUAGUCUUCUUGAUACAUCUGAACUUGAAAUAACUUAACAAGACUUGACACUCAAAGUAUGACAUAUAUCACGUUUCGAUUUUGGUCGAUAAAAACAUCGAUGUGAUAUGAAAUGACAGUGGGUAGUUGUUUCGUGUGUAUGCAGUUGUUUCCGGCUUGCGAAAAUUGUAUUUGCCACCUGAUUUGUUUCCUACGAGAAUGGUGGAAAGAGCAGUCCCAACUCCUAAGUGCGAUGGAUUAAGGAGAUAAACAGUCUUUCAGUUU